UACACGGCGAAGACGGCGAGGCUGAGAACCAUGCCUCAUCGUCCAUUUCAAUUUCUAGAAUGCGUUUCACAAAACGAAUAAGCCUCUUCCUGGGGCAGGCGACCAAGAUUCCUAGUCGCGCUCUACUGGGGAAUUCGUAUUUAUGCCGCUCUUAUAUCGUUGGCCCGGUCUCUAGUUCGCCGACGUCUCUGAUUUCGAGCUGCAAAGGUGAUGGCGUCACGGGAUUGUUCUACCCGAUACGUCGUCGCUUCAUUGGGUACACUGCAGAACAGUUCUCAGAUGAUGAGUAUGAGUGUGAAUUCGAGGAACAUAAGGCUUCAUCUUCUGUGGCCAAUGUUGAUGAGUGGAAGUGGAAGUUAGGCAUUCUGUUGGCAAACGAUAGCGAACGAGAAAUCGUUUCUAGAGACAAAAGGGAUCGAAGGGAUUAUGAGCAGAUCUCAAACCUUGCCAAGCGAAUGGGGCUGUACAGUGAGAUUUACGGAAAAGUGGUUGUUGCAAGCAAGGUUCCUCUUCCCAACUACAGGCCAGAUUUGGAUGAUAAGCGACCACAACGGGAGGUGGUACUUCCCUUGAGUUUGCAGAGAAGGGUAGAGGGACUCCUCCAGGAACACCUUGACAGACAGCAGCUAAACUCAGGAAAGGCUAAUGAAGGCGUAGCUGAUUCUCAACCUCCUAAGCUGACUGAAGAACUUCCUGAUGAAAGCUCUGAUUCCUUUCUGGAUGGUUCUGUUAUGGAGAAGGUACUUCAGAGGAGGAGUAUGCGGAUGCGCAAUAUGCAGAGAGCCUGGCAGGAAUCACCUGAGGGGCGUACAAUGCUUGAAUUCCGGAAAUCUUUGCCUUCAUUCAAGGACAAAGAAAGACUUCUUCAGGCUAUUGCUCGGAACCAGGUAAUAGUGGUAUCGGGGGAGACUGGAUGUGGUAAGACAACUCAACUGCCACAGUACAUUUUGGAAUCGGAGAUAGAGUCUGGUCGAGGAGCAUUCUGCAGCAUCAUUUGUACACAACCUCGGAGAAUAUCUGCCAUGGCAGUUGCAGAAAGAGUGUCAGCUGAGAGAGGGGAACCUCUUGGUGAUACGGUUGGGUUUAAAGUUCGGCUAGAAGGAAUGAGAGGAAAGAAUACCCAUCUUCUGUUUUGUACCAGUGGUAUUUUACUCCGACGACUUCUUAGUGAUCGCAAUUUGAAUGGCAUAACACACGUUUUUGUUGAUGAGAUUCAUGAAAGGGGCAUGAAUGAAGAUUUCUUAAUAAUAGUGUUAAAGGAGCUUCUUCCACGGCGUCCAGAUUUGAGAUUGAUUCUCAUGAGUGCCACUUUGAAUGCUGAACUCUUUUCUAAUUAUUAUGGAGGAGCACCUACAAUUCACAUUCCUGGCUUCACACAUCCAGUGAAGGCACAUUUUCUGGAGGAUGUACUGGAAAUGACGGGUUAUAAGUUGACCUCUUUCAACCAAGUUGAUGAUUAUGGCCAAGAAAAGACGUGGAAAACGCAAAAGCAGUUAAUGCCACGCAAAAGGAAAAACCAGAUCACUACUCUUGUUGAGGAAGCCCUCAGCAAGUCAACUUUUGAGAGCUAUAACUCUAGGACUCGUGAUUCACUUUCGUCUUGGAUGCCUGAUUGCGUAGGAUUUAAUCUUAUUGAGGCCGUUCUCUGUCACAUAUGCCGCAAAGAACGUCCAGGCGCUGUAUUAGUAUUUUUGACAGGAUGGGAUGAUAUCAGCUCCCUUAGGGACCAAAUUAAAGCCCAUCCUCUCCUCGGGGAUCCCAAUAGGGUCUUGCUGUUGAUGUGCCACGGUUCAAUGGCAACUGCUGAACAGAGACUCAUUUUCGAGCGAGCGCCUCCUAAUAUUCGCAAAAUUGUUCUUGCUACAAACAUGGCAGAAGCUAGUAUUACAAUAAACGAUGUAGUUUUUGUGGUUGACUGUGGAAAGGCAAAAGAGACCACCUAUGAUGCUUUGAACAAUACACCUUGUUUGCUACCUUCCUGGAUAUCUCAAGCUUCUGCUCGACAGCGAAGGGGAAGAGCUGGGCGUCUGCUUCCUGGAGAAUGCUAUCACUUGUACCCCAAAUGCGUGUAUGACGCUUUUUCGGAGUAUCAACUUCCUGAACUCCUGAGAACUCCUUUAAACUCUCUCUGCUUGCAAAUUAAAAGUCUUCAGGUUGAAAGCAUUGCAGAAUUCUUGUCAGCUGCACUUCAGGCUCCAGAGUCUUUGGCCGUUCAAAAUGCUAUUGGAUUCUUGAAAAUGAUCGGAGCACUGGAUGAGAAGGAAAAUCUGACGGAUCUUGGAAAACUUUUAUCGAUUCUCCCAGUUGAUCCCAAGCUGGGGAAAAUGCUAAUAAUGGGUGCCAUCUUCCACUGCUUUGAUCCGAUCCUGACGAUUGUAUCUGGGCUCAGUGUCAGAGAUCCUUUCCUUCUACCUCAAGAAAAAAAGGACUUAGCUUUAUCAGCCAAGUUGAGAUUCUCAGCAAAAGACUACAGUGACCAUAUGGCACUCGUUCGUGCCUUUGAAGGGUGGAAAAAUGCUGAAAGAGAAGGAUCGGCUUAUGAGUACUGUUGGAGGAAUUUUCUGUCAGCUCAGACGCUUCAGGCCAUACAUUCUCUGAGGAAGCAGUUCAACUAUAUUCUGAAAGAAGCUGGCUUAGUACAUGAAGAUUCAGCUCUCAGCAACAAGCUAAGUCACAAUCCGUCUCUGGUUCGUGCUGUCAUUUGCUCUGGCCUAUUCCCCGGAAUAGCAUCUGUUGUGCAUAGAGAGACUUCCAUGUCAUUCAAGACUAUGGAUGAUGGCCAAGUAUCUCUAUAUGCGAAUUCAGUAAAUUCGAGGUUUCCGACGAUUCCAUACCCUUGGCUAGUCUUUGGAGAGAAAGUAAAGGUCAAUGCGGUGCUCAUACGAGACUCCACCGGUGUCCCUGAUUCCAGUUUGAUCCUUUUUGGUGGUGCACUGAGCACUGGCGUACAGGUGGGACAUCUUAAAAUGCUUGACGGGUACAUCGAUUUCUUCAUGGAUCCAAAUUUGGCUGAUUCCUACGUAAAGCUCAAGGAAGAACUCGAUAAGCUUCUUCAGAAAAAGGCGAAAGUUCCAACUGUAUUAGCUCGUAACAGCUUUAGUAUAUUUCUUGAAAAUCCAAGCGUUGACAUCCAUAAAGAAGGCAAGUACUUGAUGCUUGCAGUUCAAGAACUCGUGGCUGGAGACCAAUGCGAAGGAAGAUUCGUAUUUGGCCGUGACACAAAGAGGCCAAGCAAACCGCAAUCAGGAGAGGACAACAAACUCUCCAAAGACGGGACAAACCCGAAGAGUCUCCUUCAGACACUUCUGAUGAGAGCUGGACACUCACCUCCGAAAUACAAGACCAAACACCUCAAGACGAACGAGUUUAGAGCACUUGUGGAGUUUAAAGGGAUGCAGUUCGUUGGGAAGCCUCAGAGGAACAAAACGCUUGCUGAGAAAGACGCAGCCGUUGAGGCCUUGGCUUGGUUGACUCAUACCUCUGAUAAUAGAAGUGACCAGCACAAUGAGGAAGCAGAUUCUCCACCUGAUGACGGCGCAGGCGGUCCAAGGGCAAGUAGUAGUGGGGUCUCUUCUCCGGCGUUUGUUGUAUUUUUUCGGCCGGCGGAAUUGCGCCACGUGGUAUUUUCCUCUCGAAGAGGUUGUUUGCUCACGCAAUCUCUCUCUCUCUCUCUCUGCUUCUCUUCAAUGGCUACUGCGAGUGGUUUCCAUGUCUCUUAUACCCCGUAUCUUAGGCUUCGCUCUUCCCCCUUCGCAAAUGUCACUCAACUUCCGUUUCCCUCUCCUCGUAGCGGGCGUCGCUUACUGGCAGAAAGCUUCGGUCUCGCAACUAUAGCCGUUUCGCGCCAAAAGCUCUCGAUUUCUCCGCCGUCUGCGGCGGUGGAAGCUCGCAUCUCAGGGAAAAGAGAACCGAUGACGCCUCCGUAUAACGUAUUGAUCACUGGCUCAACCAAAGGUAUAGGAUAUGCAUUAGCUAGAGAGUUUCUGAAAGCAGGCGAUAAUGUUGUGAUUUGCUCUAGAUCAGCUGAACGAGUAGAGUCUGUUGUUCAGAGUCUUAAGGAAGAAUUUGGGGAGCAUGUGUGGGUACCGCCUUCUUUUACUGUUCCUUUUCCAUUCUCACGUUUCUCUGAGGGAACUAAGUGUGAUGUUAGGGAAGGCAAGGAUGUGAAGGAACUCGUAGCGUAUUGUCAGAAGAAUCUGAAAUACAUUGACAUUUGGAUAAAUAAUGCGGGUUCUAAUGCAUACAGCUUUAAACCCUUGGCAGAGGCCUCAGAUGAGGAUCUUAUUGAAGUUGUGAAAACAAACACUCUUGGUCUGAUGUUAUGUUGCCGAGAGGCAAUGAAUAUGAUGUUGACCCAAUCUCGAGGUGGUCAUAUCUUCAAUAUUGAUGGAGCUGGUUCAGAUGGGAGACCAACACCCAGGUUUGCUGCAUAUGGCGCAACUAAACGGAGUGUUGUUCACCUUACAAAGUCAUUACAGGCAGAGUUGCAGAUGCAAGAUGUCAAAAAUGUCGUGGUGCACAAUCUGUCGCCUGGAAUGGUCACAACUGAUCUACUCAUGUCCGGAGCGACAACAAAACAAGCCAAGUUCUUCAUUAAUGUUUUGGCAGAGCCAGCCGAAGUGGUUGCUGAGUAUCUUGUCCCGAACAUCAGAGCAAUACCAGCUAGCGGAUCUAUGAGGCCUACUUACAUCCGUUUCCUAACUGGAAUCAAAGCCUACACCAAAAUAUUCUCACGAGUUGCAUUGGGAGCAAGGAAGAAU